UUUUCACAAUAAUAAAUUAAUGAUUUUGAUUUUCUGUUAUUAGUUUUCAUAUAAAUAAUGGAUUUUGACAAUGGUAUCUAAAAGUGCGGUGUAAUAAGCAAAAGUCGCCGCGGAAUGUUCACGUAGCUCCUCGUAGAAGUGUUCAAGUAUAGAUUGUUUUGCAAGUUAUUAAUAGAAAAAAUCCAUUAAGUAUUUAGAGACAAUAUGUCAAAAGAUGGCAAAGGUAAGGAUGGUAAAGCUCACGAUCCAAGCGCUUUCAUGAAAGAUUUCAUAGCAGGCGGAGUUUCCGCCGCUGUAUCAAAAACUGCUAUGGCACCAAUGGAACGGGUGAAACUUAUUUUACAAGUACAACACGUCUCCAAACAAAUAGCAGAGGAUAAACGCUAUAAAGGCAUUGUGGACGCUUUUAUACGUAUACCAAAAGAGCAAGGGAUAGGAUCGUUGUGGAGAGGAAACCUAGCGAAUGUAAUUCGAUAUUUCCCCACACAAGCUCUGAAUUUUGCGUUUAAAGAUGUGUACAAAGGCAUGUUUUUGGAGGGCGUUGAUAAAAAUACACAAUUUUGGAGGUAUUUUGCUGGAAAUUUGGCAUCUGGUGGUGCGGCUGGUGCGACGUCUUUGUGUUUCGUCUAUCCUUUAGAUUUUGCACGAACAAGAUUAGCUGCCGAUGUCGGUAAAGGCAAGGCGAAAGAAUUCAAUGGACUCGUGGACUGUUUAAUGAAAACAUUGAAGUCAGAUGGUCCCAUUGGCUGGUAUCGGGGUUUUGUUGUAUCAGUACAAGGCAUUAUAAUCUAUCGAGCUACGUACUUCGGUUUAUACGACACAGCUCGAGGUGUACUCAUAACAGAUCCAAAGAAUACUUCUAUAUUCUUUUCAUGGAUUAUAGCUCAGACUGUCACAACAAUUGCUGGUAUUGCAUCGUACCCCUUGGACACAGUGCGGCGACGUAUGAUGAUGCAGUCAGGUCGACCAGUAAACGAGCGCCUGUAUAAGAACACGCUUCAUUGUUGGGCGGUCAUAAUGCGUACAGAGGGGCCUGGUGCGUUCUUCAAAGGUGCCUUCUCUAACGUCCUUCGAGGCGCUGGUGGUGCAUUUGUGCUCGUUUUGUAUGACGUCAUUAAAAAUCUUCUCUAAAACGUGAUGUUCGAUUUGGAAGUUAUUUUAUAAGUAGUUUUUUACUUUUGUUUGCUAUCGAAGUGUUGUGGUGUUGUAAAAUUCGUAAUAGACUAUUAGUAAUAGAUAUUAAAAUUUUAUUUGACUAAUCUUCGAAAGGGAAGGGCUUUAUUAGCACUGAAUCACGAUCCAAAUAAAAAAUAUUAUUGAA